CAGCACAGAGCUUCAAAGACACAUACAACAUGUACUUCCACGGACCACAAUGACGAGACCUCACUGUCUUUGRRGCAUGGACACACCCUUGGAACAAAUGCAUGGCCCUUGGCACCUGGUGUCUGGGCAACACCGCCAAUGGCACACGGAGCUCUUCAACACAGGGAAAAAUGCCACAUACACUUUGACCACGGCAUGGCACCGCACCGCACCGCACCCCACCCCACCCAGCCACCACCCUUCCCCACCGCCUGGAACGACAAAUUCCAACUCUGCCCCCUCCCCAUCCACUCCUUCCAGACRUUCCUGGUCCCAAAUUACUAUGCCUGGCAAGGAGAACUACCUACUGAGGAAGCCGAUCGACUCAUCAACCCAGUCCUCUUGGAAAUCGCUUGCCUAGCAAUGAACAAGAACAAAUGCCCKGAAUCCUCUGUCACCCGAGACAUCUAUCACCACACCACAGUGGCCUUAUACUACGUGCCCUGCCACCUCCUAGUCAUCACGCAGCGCAAACAUGUACCCACCGCCAGUCCCAUCCAAUACGCGUACCAYGUCAGUGACAUGGUAAAAUACUACCUCAUGCACCCCGGCGAAAACAAUGCCCUCACACAGCAAAAGCUGGGCAGCAAGCUGUUCCCAAUUGGCACAGAACCCAGCCCUGCCAGUCCAAGAACCAUAAGGGACUCCAUAUCAUUGCAGCAUACRAGCUCCGCCACCAACCCACUUCCGGACAAGACCGCUCAAGCAGCGACACCUCCAACGCCUCUGAUACYGGGAACUAGGGCCGACAACCCACCUUCCUGCAGAGAUGAUGAACACAAUGGGCCUACCACCAAACAAGUAGGUGUUCCAAUGGAGAAAAACCAGUCGCAAAACAGUAAUGGGUCAGCAGCGUCAAAGACGCCACAUCGAAACCCCAAGACCAUUACACAUUUCCCUACUUGUAGAUCUAAUCACAUUAGUCAAAUCCUAAUUUCGGCAAACACUACAAAAGGUCGAAUAACUGACCACUUAGAUCUGUAGAAUCCUAGACCACAGGAGUACAAACAUAUGGUACCAUAGUACCAAGAGGCCCAGAACSUCCCAUCGCACCAGUCCAGCAAGAGCAAUAUGGAAGAAGGAAGGACAAGACUACAAUAACUCAGGCUAAGAGCAGUUAGGAGCAACUGCACUUAGCUACCCUUUGCUUGCUGUAACUUCUGGAGCCACAUCUCAGCUAGAUGCUUUAUUUUGCUUACUUCURAUGUCUUCUUGAAUAGAACAAGAUUAGGACACCUUGGUAAUAAUUURUUGUCGUACUGUUGCUACUCAUCUACAAUAUGAUCUACGAAAAAGUUGUUCUUGAAACAUUUAUUAAAUUUGUUCAUUUUCUUGCUAGAUAGUGUGAGCUUAUUCACUAUCCACUCAUGAUUUUGGCUCACUGGCAACAGUGCUUGUCAACUCAUGGCACAUAUCCAUGGUAAGACAAGGAGAGUAAUGCAGUUUUCAACAUUACAGAACAAAGCUCAACCCAUUUUUGAUAUGAUUUUCUUCCCCUGUCGUCAUCAACCCGGCAUGAAGGGUUUCAAUAGAUGAAGCACCAGAAUCGUCACUGUCUGAGUUUUCAGAAUCGGUGGGAACAGCCACAUCAUGAGCUGAUGUUUCAGUUUUUCGAACUACCAGUAAUUUUCUCCGAGUUGUCCAUUGAGCUGGAAAACUUGCAAUUAAUAGCAAAAGCAGGUACAAGUGAACCAGGCCAAAGAAUAAUUUUUGAGUUGCAUUUGAUGCCGACAUGGAAUCAUCCUCAAACCCGAUAAGUCGUGAUAUUGUUCGAGUGUAGCUUGUUCCAUCCUCUGACGUAAUGGAAGUAUCCUGCUCAAAUAAAUCAUGAGAUAAAUUCCCUAACUCGCUAUCUGUAAUCCAGCCAGGAUAUUGGGUUGACAGUGACUUUUGAUUCGAAGGGACGAGCGAUGAUAAUGCCUGAUCUGUAAAGGCCGACAUGUGCUUCCCAAUAAGAUUUCGUCGUCGUUCAACUUCUUCGCCCAAGUUUCUUGCUGUUGAUCCUACCGAACGGGCUUUGUCCAUAGCACUACCGGCCAACUCUUGAGUUCCGCUUUGUACAAAGUCAGCAAACGUUGCCGCCUGAUUGGAAAUCGCCCCACCAAAACCCCCAAUAAGUUUCAAGAACGGAU